CCGUCAUACACCAUGCGGGUCACAAAGGUCCAUGCACACAACACUGCCGCGCCAUAAAUCCCCACGCCUCCUUGUCCUUAUAAGCCGACUCUGCUCUCACCACCACCACCACCACCACCACAACAUCCUACCCAAGCACAUCCACACCAUGUCGCUCGCGCCCAUGCCCCCAUUCCCCACCGACGUAGAGAUCGCGACCCACAUCGUCGACGUCCACGCCCACCCCACCGACUCCCUAAUCCCCCACGCCCUCCUCGACGACCCCGGCCACACCAUCUGCGCCAUGGCCACGCGCCGCAACGACCAGGCCCGCGUCGCCGCCCUCGCCCGCGCCCACCCCAAGCGCGUCGUCCCCGGCUUCGGCUACCACCCCUGGUUCACCCAUCUCAUCUACGUGCCAGAGGGCGUCGACCCUGCGCACCUUGGCGAGCGCGCGGGCCUGGUCCAGGACCCGACGCCGAAGAAGGAGGAGAAGCCGCCGAAGUGGGUCAAGCUCGCGGGGAAGAAGGUGCUCAUGGGCGCUGAGGCGUCUGACGCUGGCGGUCCGGAUGCCACAAGCGCUGACCCUGAUGCCACAAACGCGAACACCUCCAACCUUGACCCCUCCACCGACCCCGCUCCCGACCCCGCUCCCGACCCCACCUUCCUCCCCACCACCUCCCCCAACCCCGCUCCCCCCACCUACCCCCCACCCGACAAAUCCACCCACUACCGCGCCCUCUUCAACCCCAAGCCGCACCAGGAGGCCAUCUUCCAGGACCUGCUCGCGCGCUUGCCCGACCCCGUCUGCCUCACGGACGUGCUGGAUGAGCUGAGGAGGAAUAUCAAGGCGUUUCCGGGUGCGAUACUGGGGGAGGUGGGCUUGGACCGGGCGUUUAGGGUGCCGAUGGCGGGGAAGUAUGCGGGGGAGGGGGAGGGGGAGCGUGAUGCCACGAACGAUUUGACUACCUCCUCCGCCGACCCUUCCACCGACAAGCCUGAUGCCACAAACAAGACCGAUGCCACAACCAAGUCCGACUCCGAAGGUGAUGGUGCUACGAAAGCAGACGCCAAUGCCAACCCCACCAACCCCACUGCCUCUAUUUCUCCCACCACCCCCACCCUCUCCCCCUUCACCGUCCCCAUCGCCCACCAGCUCGCCAUCCUCGAAGCGCAGGUCGCCCUCGCCAUAACGCUGCGCGCCAUGGGCGAGAGCGUGCACGCGAGGAGGGAUAUUGUGAGGACGAUCUGGAUGGGGAUGUGUAAGAGGGGGGAGGUGGGGGAGGAGGAGAUGAAGGAGGGGGAGGCGGAGGGGGAGGCGAGCGAGGAUGGGGAGGAGGGGGAGGAGCAGGAGGAGGGGGAGGGGGAGGAUGAACAAGCUGAGACCAGCAAGAAGGGUACUACCGACGACGUGGAUAUGCAGGGCGGGGAAGAGGGCAACUCGAAGGGUAAGGAGGCUGCUACUAGCGGCGAGAAGGACGGCUCCACCUCCACCUCCCCCACCCCCUCCACCGCCGCCCUCCCCUUCACCCUCCCGCGCGCCCUCCGGCGCCUGAUCCCCCCCGCCCUCCUCCUCGGCGACGAGGACGACCCCUUCCGGCGGCGCACCGUCCUGAACGGCACCCCGCCCCUGCCCGCGGUCAUGGGUAUUUCUCUGCAUUCUGUGAAGGCGCCGAAACAUACGGUAGAUUUCAUGGCGCGGAUGAAGGAAAGGUACGGCGAUCGAUGGAGGGCGAUCAGCGUGGAUUUGCAUAGCUGUGGGCUGAGUGCGGAGGUGUGGAGGAGUGUGGAGGCCGCCCACCCGAACGCCUUCCUCUCCUUGUCUACCGGCAUUAACAUGCGUCAACCGCACGGUAGUGCACCCGCCG